CGGGCUCUGCGCUGGGGAACGCUGCCAGGAGUCGACUAACUUUGGGGGAUCUCUAGCCACGCGUUGGAUCUCCUCCGUGACCACAAUGGUCUAGGACACACCCACACCCACAAUGCCACUUAGAAAUGGUGAAUGGUGCGGAACCCAGAACUGGAACGAGAAUCUUUGGAACUGUUUGAAAUGAAACGGACCUUUGUCGUUCUCGGAUGCUGGCCCCGGGCGCCUGUGCAUUCCAACCCGAUGCAGGUGGAGAUUGGCUUGCCUUCCUAGGCGACAGGAUGUGGGGUCUCCGUGAAAAAGAGGCUUCAGUGAAAAUGCAGGCCAGCUUCCUGUCUCCUCCUCUGCUCUUCAUCGUUCUGUCCAUCCUGCGGGGUGAAAGCAUGAUCAAUGAUCCGUACAAACCGGAAUGCGUACGCCGGAAAAUCCACUGCCACCCAAAAGCGAUCUGUCAACUUGACGGGCUGUCCUCCGAGUUUUACUGCCGUUGCCUGCCGGGCUACAACGGAGAUGGGAUCAACCUUUGCCGAGCCCCCGUGUUCCGCGUCACCGUUCCCGAUGCUUCCGUUUGCAAUGAGUUGGGUGAUCAGGUGUGUCUUCUCCACGUGAAGGAGCCGAGCGUCACUUUCCACGUCUCCGUCUCGGCUUCCACCACCCGCCGUUUGCCCCCCGUGAGGUGGUACAAGUUCUAUACUGGUCAAAGCCCGCAGUUCCACAGCUAUCGACAGCGGUUGGGAUCUGUUGAAAACAGGAGUCUGAGGAUAAUGGUGGGCAGCCACGGGCACGUCCUGACACUCCUAUCAAUACAGGACGACGAUUUUUACCCCAACCUUUUCUGGGCAGAAGUGAGACUCCACGCCCUGAUCCCCAAAGCCGUUGAAGUCGAAGCUUAUGAUUUAACCCGCUUUCAAACGUUAAAUCCUUCCGGCCUGCGGUUCUAUUUUGCCCUCGAGGGGGCAUCAGUAGAGGUUGGACCCUUUUUGGAAGGAGAUACAGCGGUCCUCCGGUUACCCGAAUACUUGGACCUCUCGCCUUCCAGUUUCGUUCGGUGGAUCAAGGAACCACGCCCGCUGACGUUGCUGGACAGCCAAGCCAUGGUCCUCGCCAACGACGUAGAGGAGAUUGAGAUCAGCGGUUUAACGGAGUCCGGUUUCGGCUACGUCCGAGCCUUGGUCUAUGACUUCAGCACUGAGGUUCCCGGACGCGUCUUGGUGGCCGAGAGGCUGUUCUUUAUAAAGAAAGAUGUCAGCAAAACUUGCGAUGGAAGCCGAGACGAAAAGAAUUGCCACUGUAACCCAGGAUUCGAAGGAGGUGGUGUGCAUUGUGUUGACAUAAAUGAGUGUGAGAGAAAAACAGCUGUGAAGUGCCUGGCCGAGGCAGAGUGCGUCAACACGUACGGAUCGUAUUUCUGCCGCUGUCCCAAGGGCUUAGAAGGAGAUGGUCUACUCAGCUGCAUCGACGUCGAUGAAUGUGUGAGAGGCGCUCACAGCUGCAACCAAGACGCUCUCUGUUUGAACACUCUGGGUUCCUACAUCUGUGCCUGCCAAAGUGGGUUUGUCGGUGAUGGCUCGCACUGUGAAGCCAAAAGCACCUGGUCCCCGUGGUCCCCGUGGUCCCUCUGCUCCAUCACUUGUGGCUUCCAGAACCAGAUGCGGAUCCGUCAGUGCACCCACGUGGAAAGCGGGAUGCGAUGCCCAGGCCCUUCGGCUGACCUCAAGCGGUGCCCUCACCUGCAGCCCUGCCCCACUGAUGGUGGCUGGUCGGUCUGGUCCCCUUGGUCGGUGUGCUUGGAGACGUGUGUCGGGAUCAAGAAACGGGUCCGGCUGUGUGACAGCCCUGCUCCUUCCAGGGGAGGUCUGCCUUGCAAAGGAGAGAAGGAACAGCUCGGUUUAUGCCACGAAAGCCAGUGUGCCGUUGACGGAGCCUGGUCUCCCUGGGCAUCGUGGACCCCCUGCCCUGUCUCCUGCGGACUCGGAGUUGUGCGGCGGUCACGGCGGUGCAACAACCCUUCCCCAAAACACGGAGGAAGGAACUGUAGUGGCCAUGGCUACGAAGAAGGCACCUGUGGUUUUCCGGAGGCCCUCUGCAAAUUUCUAGCGAAACCUUCUGAAUCCAUCGUCCCCGGGAAGCUGAUUCAGUAAGAACAUCGGGAGCCAAACCGAAGUGUGAACGUUUUGACCAGUCGGUCCAGAAACGCAAAUAGCAUCUGCCGCCUUGUGGGACACGCUCCUGCCCUUGAGGAUCGCCGAAAGAUUCUCAAGGCCCUAGAACAGGUUUGCAGAAGACUGGGGUGCAAAAAAACCUCUUCGGAAGACACCUCCUUUUAAUUGUCUUUCAUUGCACAGAUCCACUCCCGGAGCAGGGAGGGAGCAUUUUGCUGGAAUGGGCCUCCCCCACCCCACCCCAGAUACCACGCGUGGCAAACGUGUUACGGAUUUUGCCAAGCACGGAAUAUUUCGGUUUGAAACGAUGAGGGGUUUCCCAAGAGGAUAGGGCCUGUCGUUGUUAGGGAAGCAGUCGAAGGCUGAGAAAAGGAUGGCAGAAAUCUUCAGGAUGCCCCCCCCAGCGGGGGGCAGCAAAAGGUAGAAACUUGAUGAAGACUAUGAUUAAAAUGCAAUGGCCAUCGGAUCACUUUCUCCUCCAUUAUUGGUGAGUGGCUCUUCCUAGUUUCAUACAAGUUUGUUUUGUAGGCUGAGCUGUUUCCAAGGCAGGUGUUGUUUUCAGUUCUGCUUCCAGUACAAAUGACUCCUGCAGGUUGAAAGCUAGCUCCUCAGGGUGUAGUGAGAACCUGUCGCCUUGAUACCAAUUUUUUUUUCCUCUCUCGGGGUGAAAUAAUUCCUUCCAUCAA